CCCCCGCCAUGCCCGGCCCGGCCGCCGGCAGCCGGGCCCGCGUCUACGCCGAGGUGAACAGCCUGAGGAGCCGCGAGUACUGGGACUACGAGGCGCACGUCCCCACCUGGGGUAAUCAAGAUGAUUAUCAACUGGUUCGGAAACUCGGCCGGGGAAAAUAUAGCGAAGUUUUUGAAGCGAUAAACAUCACCAACAACGAGCGAGUGGUUGUGAAAAUUCUUAAGCCAGUGAAGAAAAAGAAGAUAAAACGCGAGGUUAAGAUUUUGGAGAACCUGCGAGGUGGAACCAACAUCAUUAAACUGAUUGACACUGUCAAGGAUCCAGUGUCAAAGACUCCAGCACUGGUUUUUGAAUACAUCAAUAACACAGAUUUCAAGCAACUGUACCAGAUCUUGACAGACUUUGAUAUCCGGUUUUAUAUGUAUGAAUUGCUUAAGGCCUUGGAUUAUUGUCACAGCAUGGGGAUCAUGCAUAGAGAUGUCAAACCUCAUAACGUCAUGAUAGACCACCAACAGAAAAAGUUACGGCUCAUAGAUUGGGGCUUGGCAGAAUUCUACCAUCCAGCUCAGGAAUACAAUGUCCGCGUAGCCUCAAGGUACUUCAAAGGGCCAGAGCUUCUCGUGGACUACCAAAUGUACGACUAUAGCUUAGAUAUGUGGAGCUUAGGCUGUAUGCUGGCCAGCAUGAUCUUCCGAAAAGAGCCUUUUUUCCACGGUCAAGACAACUAUGACCAGUUGGUUCGCAUCGCAAAAGUUCUGGGUACAGACGAAUUAUACGGUUAUCUGAAGAAAUACCACAUAGAACUGGACCCCCACUUCAAUGAUAUCUUGGGACAACAUUCACGGAAACGUUGGGAGAACUUCAUCCAUAGUGAAAACAGACACCUGGUCAGCCCUGAAGUCUUAGAUCUUCUGGACAAACUCCUGCGAUAUGACCAUCAACAGAGGUUGACUGCCAAAGAAGCUAUGGAGCACCCCUAUUUCUAUCCAGUUGUCAAGGAGCAGGCCCAGCCCGGCUCCGACAGCUCCGUGCUCUCCAGUGGCCUCACAACAACACGAUGAAGGCUUGAGGAACGACGGGUCUGUCUGAUGCUGUUCCUCCCAAUUUUCCAUAAGCAGAACAAGAACCGAAUCAAACGUCUUAAGUCCGCUUGUGUACAGAGAUGGUGGUGUGCAGCUUCCAGAUGUCAUCCCAGUGGCAGGUUAUGGAGCAAGGACUGCAACGGCGGCAGCUGAUGGCACUCGGCAGCAUAUAAAAACACAAACCUUAAUUUCUGCUUUUGACUUCCUGUUGACCUCUUCCUGACCAAGAAAGCAUGGAAAAUGUGAAGGGUAUGCAACACCGUUGUUGGCUCAGGUGGCUUCCCUGAACCCGGCCCACUGUAUGGUGUCCUCACAAACUGCCUCCUAUUUUGUAGGCUGGGGGAGGGGCGAGGCUCUGUGGCAUGAUGGACAGUUCUAUAUUAAAAUAAUUAUAUAUUAUUGAAUAAAAAUUUUAAGUAAA